GUUCCUUUCGCCCAAACAGGAAGGUCCUGCCCCGAAUUAUCCUAAUCAGUAAUAGAAAUAGAGAAGCUAAUAAAUUCUGGAUAGUUUGGUUUCGAAACGUCCUGCCUGAGAAGGAGAGGGUUUGUCCAAUGUUAGUACGCGGAGGUGAAGCCACUCCUGGAUGUGGAAGUAAGAGAGGGAGAAAGAGCGUUUCUCCCCCCACCCUGUAUAUAUAAAGAAAACACACAGCGCUUCAUAAAGAAAUUAGCUUCAAGAUGGCGAAAGCGUACGAUUAUUUGUUCAAACUACUGCUGAUCGGAGACAGCGGGGUAGGAAAGACUUGUCUCAUUAUCCGCUUCGCCGAUGACAACUUCAAUAGCACUUACAUUUCUACCAUUGGCAUCGACUUCAAGAUCAAGACCAUAGAUGUCGGUGGGAAGAAGAUCAAAUUGCAGGUCUGGGAUACAGCCGGACAGGAAAGGUUUAAAACCAUCACAACUGCAUAUUACAGAGGAGCCAUGGGCAUCAUACUGGUCUACGACAUCACAGACGAGAAGUCGUUCGAAAACAUCCAGAACUGGAUGAAGAGCAUUAAAGAGAACGCCUCCGCAACUGUAGAGCGGAUGUUACUGGGAAACAAGUGUGACAUGGAAAACAAACGGAAGGUGCCCAAGGAUAAAGCGGAGAAGUUGGCCAAGGAUCAUGGGAUUCGAUUCUUUGAAACAAGCGCCAAGUCCAGUUUGAAUGUGGAAGAGGCUUUCCAGACCCUGGCUCACGAUAUAUUGAUAAAAUCAAGCAAGAAGUCAGGCAUCGGUUCUCCAGGCUCCAAGUCUCCGCUGGACAGUCCACAGAAGAGCAGUUCCUCCAAAUGCUCCUUGAUUUAAACCUAGUUAAUCCUGCGCACACCACAGACCACCAGAAACAUCUAUCUGACCAUCUGUGGAUAACUUAUUGAAUUCAACCCUCUGGACCUGUCUGUGUGGGAGGGAUCCGUCAGGUCAUUCUGACCUCUCGUAGUUUGUGCUCACUUGAAUCCACUCCAUCUCCUGUCUCCAACAAUGGGUGAGGCUGCAACCCCUCGACCUCUUCCCUUUAUCUUUCACUUUUUAUUCUUCUUCAUUCUUUCUGUUCUUGUGCUCCCUCUCCUUUUUCUCCUCCCCCCACCUCUCUCCUUCCCCCUCACUCCAUCUCACCCCUCUUCCUUCCCCCUCCCCUCUUCCUUCCCCCCCUUCCUUCCCCCUCCCCUCUCCCUCCCCCCUUCUCCCCUCUCCCCUCUUCCUCCCCUCCCCCUCCCCUCUCCCCUCUUCCUUCCCUCCCCCUCCCCUCUCCCCUCUUCCUCCCCUCCCCUUCCUCUCUCCCCUCUUCCUCCCCCUCCCCUCUCCCCUCUUCCUCCCUCUCCCCCUUUCCUUCCUCUCCCCACUCCCCUCUCCCUCCCCACUCUCCUCUUCCCCCACACUCAAUCUCUCCCCCCUAUCUUCUCUUUUUCUCUCUCUCUCUCUGACAUUCCCCCUCCCCAAUAUGUCGAGCCUGGAAGGGAGUGAUUAAUCGUUGCUUUGCUCUAGGUAUGUGGGUACAACUGCCAUUGAGGGUUGGGUGUGUCCACUUGCCCUUUAUGGGGGAGGGGGAGAUGGAGAUUGGAGACAAGCUACGCAUCAGAACCAUGGUGUUCCUACCAAUGUAUUAUACAGUGCAGUGUUACAGACUUCUACUUUAUUCUUUUUUGAAGAGCAAGACUUUCUUCAGCCUUAGAGUUGCUUUAGCGGGGAAACUAAGUUCCCAACCGGCUACUUGGUAAUUCCCAACCCCUUACGAACAAAGUGAAUAUUCUGAUUACCCAAUGAUGGGACCUGGGUCCUGAGUCGGAGGAUGAUUCUAUUCAAACCCCCCCACCCCCCAUGAACACGUAAACCCCAGAAUGAAAAAGGAAAGCAGGAAGAUACAGGGGCGAAAGGUUAAUCGGUCAAUCUCAUCUCCCCACCCCCCCCCCCCCACCACCACCACAGCUCAUAAAUGCAGGAUGUUGGAAUUCCACAGUAACACACACAAAACGCGGGUGGAGGUUUGCAGGUUGGGCAGCAUCUAUGGAGAGGAAUAAAGAGUCAACUUCUUGGGCUGAGCCCCUUCCUGAACUCUUCAUCCCUCUCCAUGGAUACUGCCUGAUCUGCUGAGUUCCUCAUGGAUUUUGUGUUUGUUUCCACAACUUCAGCUGAUGUGUCUCAGUCACCCAUCCUCUUAGACCAGUAGCCCCAUGUGAGAGGUGAUGAUGGAGAAGCUAAAGACCCCAUACCUGUUACUCAGAGAUGUGGGAUUCGCAGGAUUCCACCUGAGACCAUGGUAAAUGAUAACCUCCAUAGGCUGACCAUAGCCUCACACUCCACUUGACCACCUCUCCCCCCCCAGGGCACUUGCUCUGUCACAGUGGUCUUUCUGAACACCAGAUGCUGCAGGUGCUGGAACUCUGGAGCCACACACACAAAAAGCUGGAGGAACUCAGCAGCUAUGGAAAUAAAUAAACAGUCGCCAUUUUGGGACUUCCGUUGUGUCUGGAAAGGAAGGGGAAGAAGAUUAAGAAGGUGGGAGAGGGCAAGGAGUACAAGCCGGCAGGUGAUAGCUGAGACCAGGUGAGGGGGAAGGUGGAUGAGUGGGGAAGAGGGAGCUGAAGUAAGAAGCUGGGAGGUGAUGAGUGGAAGAGGUAAAGGGCUGAUGAAGAAGGAAUCUCAUAGGAGAGCACAGUGGACCAUGGAAGAAAGAGGAGGAAGAGGGGAACCUGAGGAAGGUGAAGGGCAGGUGAGGAGAAGUGAAGGGAUAACCAGAAUUGUGAAUGGGAAGAGAGAAGGGGAGAGAAAUUACUGGAAGUCAGAGAAAUCAGUGUUCGUGCUGUCAGGUUGGAGGCUACCCAGACGGAAUAUGAAGUGUUGCUCCCCCAACCUGAGAGUGGCCUCAUCGUGGCAGUAGAGGAGGCCAUGGACCAACAUGGAAAUGAGUGGUCAACGGGAGAUCCUGCCUUUUGCAGCAGACACAGUGAAGGUGCUCCAGUUGUGGCUUCUGCCCCCUUCCUUUCCAGUGCUGAAGAAGGGUCUGAACCCGAUACAUUUAACUGUUUAUUUCCCUCCACAGAUGUAGCCUGACCUGCUGAGUUCCUCCAGCAUUUUGUGUUUGUGUGUGUGUGCAGCGGUCUUUAUGUUAGCUGUUGAAGAAGGAGUGGCUCAUCCCGGGAGGUGCUACGCCAAUGCACCCCUCGCUUCCCAGCGCCAACAUGCAUUAGGGAGGGGGACACAAAUAGAAGCUUGUGGCUGCCCUAGUUUGGGAGAAUGGGGGAGGAUCAAAAACAGAUAGUCAUCUCUACCCAGAACACACUCAAACCUAUGUUGUACCCACCGGUUCAAAUGUUGGCGGCCUCCUGUCUUUUUGCACUUCUACCAUUGGUUGGCCUGCCUGCCACUCUGGUCAACAGUGCCAGUGACUGGUCACCCCAGCUGUCCUGGGGAGUACACCUUGUGAACCAGGGCAUCAUCUUUGAGAACCAGGGAAACCAGCUAGGUUGUCUUGACUGCUGCAAUGACAUUGGGCAGAGCUGGUCCAGAGUCUGAGUUGAUAACAGUAACACAGUAAAGCCCAUGGUUUGUUCCGGGCAGGUGUGGGUGUGAGGGGAGAUAGCAGCACCAUUAGUUAUUUUCUCUUGGCUGAAUUGUGCUUGGCAUUUCAAAUCCUUAUUAGUCAUAGUGAGGGAAAUGGGCACUCUGCCCUCUGAGACCAUCAGUCAUCCAUCUACAUGUCCCAUUUUUAAUUCUCCCCACAUUCCCAUCAGCUCCCCACCCCAGAUUCUGCUGUUAAAACCAUAAGAUAUAGGAGUAGAAUCAGGCCAAUCAGCCCUAUUCUCUCCAUAAUCCUUAACCCCACACCAAUCAAAGUCUUGUCCAUCUGUGUCUUCAGUACAUCAAUGACUUGGCCUUCACAGGUUCUCUAUUCUCUGGCUAAGGAAAUCCUUCCUCAUGUCUGUUCUAAAGGGACACCUUUAAUCCGAGGCUGUGCCCUCUGGUCUUAGACUCUCCCACAAUUGGAAACAGCCUCUUCACGUCCCCCCUACCCAGGCCUUUCAGUGAGAUUGCCCCUCCUCCCUCCAUCAUUCUAAACUGUUAUACGUGUACGCAGAGACGAUGAGGCGAGGCUGGUUUGCACAAUGCACUGAGCUGCUGUUCACAGCCCUCUGUGAUUCCCUGACUAGAGCUCCUCUGGCCAAACACUUUGUCCCGAAGGAGAAGCAGGAGCCAGAGAGGUUUAAGAACAUAAGACAUGGGAACAAAAUUAGGUCAUUUGGCCCAUUGAGUCUGCACCACCAUUCCAUCAUCAUCUUCUUAAGCCCGUCACCCCUGUGGGGCACAGGCCGCUGACAGCAGCUCACCAGAGUCCUCUGUCCUGGGCCAGUCUUGGUGAAGAUCCUUCCUCUUCCAGGAUGAGGUUGUUGGACCUUCUGUUGGUGUUUCUGUAGCUCUGGGUUUUAACAGGAUGGGGUUGCUAACCCCA